ACAUCGACCAAGACAGACUCGACCGAAUAGCCUCGUUGCCACACCAAAAACCCUAGCCCGCACAUCCACCCCUCUCCGUCCUCCUCCUCGCGCCGUCCCUCCAGUCCCUCUUCGUGCCCCCGCGCCGCCGACCACCGAGCAGCCAUGGCGAAUCCACCGGCGGCGGGAGGGAAGUCGUUCCUGCAGGCCAUGUCGACGGUCACCGAAGAGGCGGCGGUGCCGCUCCGCGUCGUCCAGAUGGAGGGACUGGCUGUCCUGAAGAUCAUUAAGCACUGUGAGGAGUUUGCGCCUGCUCUGGUUACAGGUCAACUGCUUGGUUUGGAUGUUGGUAGUGUUCUGGAAGUGACCAACUGUUUUCCUUUCCCUAUAAGAGAGGACGACGAGGAAGCAGAUGCAGAUGGUGCGAACUAUCAGCUUGAGAUGAUGAGGUGCUUGAGGGAGGUUAAUGUCGACAAUAACACUGUUGGAUGGUAUCAGUCCUGCUUGCUUGGAUCUUUUCAAACCGUUGAGCUGAUUGAAACAUUUAUGAACUAUCAGGAGAACAUCCGGAGAUGCGUGUGUAUUGUGUAUGACCCAUCUAGGUCUAGUCAAGGAGUGCUAGCUCUUAAAGCCCUGAAGCUCACAGACUCUUUUAUGGAUCUGUACCGCAACAAUGGUUUAACUGGAGAGAAGCUAAGGGAAAAGAAAUUGUCAUGGGUUGAUAUUUUCGAGGAGAUACCGAUUAAAGUGUCCAACUCGGCGCUUGUCAGUGCCUUCAUGAAGGAGCUGGAACCUGAGUCACCUGUUUCACAGUGUGACUUUGACCGUCUUAAAUUGUCGACUGCGCCCUUUAUGGAAAGGAACCUAGAAUUUAUGAUUGGGUGCAUGGAUGGUCUUUCAUCAGAGCAAAACAAGUUCCAAUAUUACUAUCGCAACCUAGGAAGGCAACAGUCACAGCAACAGGCAUGGCUUCAAAAGAGAAGGCAAGAGAACAUGUCCAGAAAGGCUGCUGGCGAGGAGCCGUUGCCAGAAGAAGAUCCAUCCAACCCUAUCUUCAAGCCGCUUCCUGAGCCAUCCCGCUUAGAGGGUUAUCUCGUAACCAAUCAGAUCUCGAGUUACUGCAACCAUAUCAAUGGGGUUGCUGGCCAGAGUUUCAACAGGCUAUACUUGAUGAAGGCGUUGCAGGAAGAUUAGGUGCCGGGUGGCAGCUGCUGUGAGAUUUUAACUUAACACUGUACCGCACCUCAAUUUUGCAAUGUACUCCAUGUGCACCCGCACAUUGCCUAUUUUGUUUUGCCCAAAUCAGAUAGUUAAGAUGCAUUGGGUGGAUACCAUUUGUUUUGAUGGCUCUGUUACCGCUGUCUGCAGCUAAAUUUGGUCUGUUUGGUUUGGUUGCGGGUCAGAUGGUUCUUGAAUCUUGAAUUCUUGAUACAUGAAAAGCGUGAACACGGGUACUUCAGGGCAUAUUUGGCACGUUUCA